UGCUCUGCUGUGUCUCUUUAAGUACAGCAGGCAGUGCUGUUGGUCCGUGUGGGAGCGCAGGGCUCACGGUGCGGCGCUGCCUCUCCGCAGCGGCAAACAAGCCUUUCCUUCACGUCGGACGGGGGACAGAAACGACAGAUCGACCCGCCGCCUGCACCACAUUCUCGCCCGAGCAGCUGACUCAAGCGACGGAAACGAAGAAGGAGGGGGGGCGGCUGUCUGCUGUGGACUGGGUGAGUCUACAGGGCCAUUAACAUCACUCCCUCCUUCUCCGACCGAAAGGUGGAAGUGCGCAGCGGACAGAGACCAUACGAGCUAAUGAGAUUGAUAAACUGCGGAUGAAAGCAGAGCUCAUCAGAGAGCAUGCUGCUGUACACAUUUGGCUGAAUGAUCGUGGAGGUGAAACAUCAGGGCGACCGUCUUCGGAUGAGUUUCGUCCUGUGAACUGCAACAUCAAACCAUCUGCUGAAUCCUCGUGCUGAAGAUGGUGAGUCACGCCCUCACAGAUCGUCUUGGUGAAUAGCCAGCUGCACAAAGACAAAAAGAUCUCAGCUGAGGCUCCAAAUAAAAACCCUCUUCGUCCUGCACAGCGUGGGAGAAAGUGCCACUGCUGAGCUGGCGUGGCAUCUCUCUGGGCUGAUAAUUGGAGUGAAAACAGUGUUGGGCGAUCCUCUUUCACUCUGAGCCGCUCACCUUUCGUGCUGUGGCCCCGGAGCCAGCUCCCAGGGCCGGACUGUCAGCGGGAACACGUAGAGACUCUAAUGUGGACGCAGUCAGCAGAGCUGCACAGUGCACAAGUGUAAAGGGUCUUCGUCAUGAGACUGAAGAGGCACACAUGAGGGGAAAAUCAUGCCAUUGGAAGUCCUGUGAAAGUCAGGCGGGAUUAAGACACCUGAUCUGAUUUUUUCUUCAUUUUAGUCAAGGCCCGGUGGGGCUGUGUGGUGGGAACAGGGAGUGCUGCUGCUAAUUCUUCUGCUUUAUGAGUUUUCAUCACUGGGAGAGUGUGUCUGCACAGCAGGGGGAGCCAGCAUGGCCAAGCCUCUGCUGAAGAUACAGCGCUAUUUCCGCAGGAAACCUGUCCGGUUCUUUUCCCUCAUCCUCCUCUACCUGACCGCCGGGAGCCUCGUCUUCCUGCACUCUGGCUUCGUCGGGGACAGCGGCCCCAGAGCCAGAGGGGUCCGAGACUCUGUGGUAGCUUCAGAGAUGGGCAGCAAGACUUCACUAUCAGAUGCUCGUGGGCUUGGCAUCAUGAGUCGAGUGUUUAAGGAGACACGCAGGUCGGGGCGGAGGUUUGGCCCCCCGUGGAUGAAAAAGGGUACACGGGAAGGCCAGGAAACAGUGCGCAGGGGGGGAGAGUACACCAACAACUGGAACCGUGCACUCAAAGGACGCAAUGCCAAAGACUUGGACGAUGGAAGAGCAAAGUAUAUUGGCUGCUACAUUGAUGACACACAGAAAAGAGCACUCAGAGGAGUUUCCUUUUUUGACUACAAAAAAAUGACUGUAUUCCGUUGCCAGGACAACUGUGCAGAAAGAGGUUACAUGUACGCAGGUCUGGAGUUCGGAGCAGAGUGCUACUGUGGUCAUAAGAUCCAGGCACCCAACGUUUCAGAGAGCGAAUGCAAUAUGGAGUGUAAAGGAGAGAAGAGCAACCUGUGCGGAGGAGCCAACCGACUGUCCAUUUAUAGGCUGGAACUAAGCCAGGAGUCAGCGCGCCGCUAUGGCAGCGCCAUUUUCAAAGGAUGUUUCCACAGACCGGACAAUGUCUCUCUGGCACUUCCUUUCAACGCGGUCAUCCAAAACAUGUCUGUGGACAAGUGUGUGGACAUGUGCACAGAGAGGGAGAAAUCACUGGCGGUCCUGGCUGGAGAUCGAUGCCACUGCGGCUUCCCGACUCCUCUCUUCUCCCUUCAUGAGCUGGAGAACGAGGACUUGUGUCUCCAUCGUUGCCACGGGGAGGAGUUUGAGAACUGUGGAAACGAUGAGUACUUUGUGGUAUACCAGACGCAGGUUCAAGAUAACAGAUGCAUGGACCGCCACUUCCUCCCUACCCGUGCCAAGCAGCUGGUGGCCCUCGCCAGUUUCCCUGGAGCUGGCAACACUUGGGCUCGACACCUCAUAGAGCUCGCCACUGGCUUUUACACUGGCAGCUACUACUUUGACGGCUCCCUUUACAAUAAAGGGUUUAAAGGGGAGCGGGACCACUGGCGAAGUGGGAGGACAAUCUGUAUUAAGACGCAUGAGAGCGGCAAGAAGGAGAUCGAAGCCUUUGACUCCAGCAUCCUCAUGAUCCGAAAUCCCUACAAAGCUCUCAUGGCAGAAUUUAACAGAAAAUAUGGCGGCCACAUCGGAUUUGCCUCUCAGGCCCACUGGAGAGGGAAAGAGUGGCCCGAGUUUGUGAAGAACUAUGCUCCUUGGUGGGCCUCCCACACGCUGGACUGGCUAAACUAUGGGAAGAACGUCCACGUGGUCCACUUUGAGGAUCUGAAGAGGGACUUGUUCUCCAAGCUGAAGGGGAUGGUCCAGUUUCUGGGUCUGAAGGUUUCUGAGGACCGCCUGCUGUGCGUCGAGGGCCAGAAGGAUGGAAACUUCAAGAGAUCAGGGCUGCGGAAACUUGAAUAUGACCCCUAUACUCCUGAAAUGCGAGCUAACAUCAAUGAACUGAUCAGAACAGUAGAUGCUACCUUGAAGAAAAGGAAGCUGUCUGGAGUUCCAGAGGAGUAUAAGCCAAGAUGAUAAAUGUGAUCUUCACAUUUCAUUUGUUCCCCGCCUUUCAAUCAGACUGUUCUGUCAACAGACAUUUAAAUGACUUGAGGGAAUAGUUUUUAAUUAUUUUUCUGUGAGGUCACAUGCGUUGAAGUUGUAGUGAGAGGAAAUCAGUCUUUUUCCGACCUAUUUUCACUGUUUAAUCCAUCUUUUUUCAUUUUCUGUUGAUCUUCAGCAGCUUCAUGCGUUAAUAGAAGAGGAAGUUUUAACUGGGGAGGCUUGUUUUUCUCUUUGGUUGAAUGAAAAGCACUUCUUAUCCUGCUCUAUGCACAUGUGCUGCGUUGGCAUGUGCACAUGCCUUAACAUGAAGAAGGUACGAUAGUUGUGACUACAGGGAGGCUGUCUGCCUGUGCUGGGUGAUUUGUUGCCAGUGACAAAAUAUUAUACAAUACUGCAAAGCGUGUUCUAUCAGCUUAUUUUGUGAAAAAGACAAGAAAUCUAAAAUGUAUGACUCUUCUGCUGCUAUGACAUAUACAGAACAAUACUGUUUUAUACAUGAACUCCUCUGAAAACAUUAAAACGUUAAGCCUUUGUCAGAGGGAAAAAUGCAAUAUCCAGGCUAUGACUACCUGAUGAUGAUACUGUGUGUUUCCACGUUUUUCUAAGUUAUUAGACUUGCUCUGUGUAAGAGAAAUCAUGUUUUCAAUGAUGAACAGGUAAAGAACUCUCAGCUCCUCAUUUUCAAGAUGAAUAAUCCCUCUUGAAGGCACUGACUCAAGGAGAGAAGAGGACUUAUCUCCACAGCAUUUAUUUAUCUUUGGUGUGCUUUGCAUAUGUUAACUAAUUUGGUUGUGAACGUGUUUUCUUAACACUGGACUUGAUGCAGAAAUCCAAAAAGCACUUCUCUGUGCAAAAGUCGCCCCAAAGAUCACUGAGGAUUUAGGCGUUACACAUGUUAUAGAUUGGGAGUUACCUUUAGCAGUAGUGAUUGUCAUAGAUUUAUUUUAUGACAGUUAAUCAUGCUGAAUGUGAAAUUUUUUUUAAUUGCUUUGUUGGAAGAAAAGCAAUGAGACGGUUAAAGCUGUUGAUCCUUUUACUCUUCAUAAUUUAAGAACAAAAUCUCCACAGAAGUGAAAAAUUCUGCUCAGAUUUCAUAAAUAGCACAUCCUAAAACGGUACUCAGAGUGCUAUGCCAUAUGCUUGAUAAACAAAUAUAUGAAUAAUUACAUGAAUAUAUAAAUAAAUAAAACACUAGUGACUGAGAGCCAGAAAACAUGAAUCGACUUCCAUUUUCAGUAUGAUAAAAAUAUAUUUUUAUAGUGUGUGCUCACACAUUGACAAUGUUUCUAUUUUUCACUGUAAUGCUUUAAACUUUAUUGGCUCUUGCUUUCAUUGACGAGCUGACACUUACUGAACAUAGGUGUCACUUUUGAAUGUAUUUUCUAUAGAAUGAAUGUAAUGUGAUAAGGCCCAAUAAAUUACUUCAUUAACUAACAUGAUUGUGAUAU